GUACAAUGACGCACUCGCUAUCUUUUCCCUGCUUAAAAAUAGCACUAAUCAAAAUUGACAUCAUUCUGAAACCCACCCCCACUUUUGACCGUCAAAAAAGGCUUCAAUCAAUAUCCAACGGUUCACAUAAAUCUUAUCCAAACCCAAAACCCUCAGAUUCACUCCACGUGUCCCUCUCUCACACUCGCUAUCAAAAAUGUUGGCGACGCACGCGUCACCCUCACUCAUAAACCCACUCCAGCUCUUUCGCUCUCACUCUCUAUUCUCUCGCGCCAUUUCGCCAUUUUCAGCCGCAAGAUCUCUCUUCGUCCGAACGGUGGCUUCAAUGGCCGGAGUGAACUCCUCGCCGGACCACGUCGUCGGAACCUGGUACUCCGUGCCGGAGCUCCGGCUCCGAAACCAUCGAUUCGUUGUCCCUCUCGAUUACUCCCUCGAACCUCGCUCUUCUCCUAAGAUCUCCGUUUUCGCUCGCGAAGUCGUUGCCGUUGGGAAAGAAGAUCAACUGCUGCCAUACCUACUAUUCCUACAAGGUGGACCUGGGUUUGAGUGCCCUAGACCAACAGAAGCUAGUGGAUGGAUACACAAAGCUUGUGAAGAAUUUCGUCUCAUAUUGAUGGAUCAGCGAGGAACAGGGUUAUCGACUCCUUUGACGGCAUCAUCUAUGUCACAAUUUAAGUCUGCAGAGGAUUUGGUUGACUACUUAAAACAUUUUCGAGCUGACAAUAUAGUAAAUGAUGCCGAGUUUAUGCGAGUACGUCUUGUUCCUGAUGCUGGACCUUGGACAAUUUUGGGUCAGAGUUAUGGUGGAUUUUGUGCAGUAACCUAUUUGAGUUUUGCACCACAAGGACUGAGACAAGUCCUUCUAACUGGUGGAACCCCUCCAAUUGGAAAUGGAUGCACUGCAGAUACCGUGUAUAGAGUAUGCUCUGAACAGAUUAUACUCCAAAAUGAAAAGUACUACAAGAGGUAUCCUCAAGACAUUGAAAUUGUUAGAGAAGUUGUUAAUUAUUUAGCAGCGUCUGAGGGAGGAGGGGUGCUUCUUCCAUCUGGGGGCAUCUUAACCCCAUGGGGACUUCAAACUCUUGGCCUUUCUUGUUUAGGAUCUUCUGCUGGUUUUGAGCGGUUACACUAUAUGUUUGAGGGGGUUUGGGAUCCUGUACUAGUUCCGGGAGCACCAAAGCAAAUCAGUUACUACUUUUUGAAUGCUUUUGAAAGUUCAAUAGCUUUUGAUACAAACCCACUCUAUGCGAUUCUGCACGAGUCAAUCUACUGUCAGGGUGCUUCAUCAAGUUGGUCUGCUCACAGAAUAAGGAGUGAAGAUGAGGGAAAAUUUGAUGCAAUCAAAGCUGCCAAAGAAGGUCACCCCGUAAUUUUCAUGGGAGAGAUGAUAUUUCCAUGGAUGUUUGAUGAGAUUCAUGCGCUGACAAAAUUCAAAGAUGCUGCUCAUAUAUUGGCUGAGAAGCAGGAUUGGCCUCCACUAUAUGACAUUAAUAUGCUCAAUAAUAACAAGGUGCCUGUUGCAGCAGCUGUUUAUUAUGAUGAUUUGUUUGUCAACUUCAAGAUAGCUAUGGAAACAGCUUCUCAGAUUGCAGGGAUUAGGCUGUGGAUCACUAAUGAGUAUAUGCAUUCUGGUCUGCGUGAUGGAGGAGGGAAGGUUUUCGAGCACUUGAUGGGAAUGUUAAAUGGGAAGAAGCCUUUGUUCUGAUCUUCAUUCUCACUCCUACAGGAUUAUUUUUUUGCUAGUUAAAUUUGCUUAAAACCUUAUUUCCCUCAGUAAAUUAAAUUAACAUGUUUAAAUUGCUGGAAAAAAAUCAUGUCUUUGAGCCAGUCUAAGAAUCUUCAAGCUUGAAAAUGAAGCUUGUAUAGUUUGAUGGUUGUCUCUUCAAGAUAUCAAAUUGAAAACCGUUGUACCAUGUAAUAUGGAUACACUAGAAGGAAAAUUCAAAAUUUGCUGUUGCACUUUGCUGCACGUGAACUUGUUGAAAGUACAGCAAUUUUUUUCCCUAGUUUUUAA